CGGCUGUCAGUUCUCCGCUGCCCUUUGCCUUUUACUCUCUCAAAACCCCAGCACCUGGGAAUAAGUUGCAUCCUAUUCAUAGGUAUAUGUUAGUCAGUAUAUAUCGAAAGAUGUGGGUAGCUGAUGGAAGAGUUGAACCAUAUUUAACGUUCUUCUUGAACUCUGUGUUUCUGGCCGUUAUUUCGGCCAGUUCCCUGUCCAUCCAAUACUGCCUGUUGCGCUCUUGUUGUGCUUCUUUCGUCAUACUGGGCGGGGGCAUGAUCAAUAGGGUGGGAGUCUUCACCGAUUAGGAUUUGAUGAUGAUGGAUGGAUCUGAGUGGUGUCCGUUUUGACCAAGUUGCUUCGUGGAUUCCCGCGGCCUUUCCUAGCUCCCUGUCGCGGCGUCGGCCUGUUCUGAUUCUAGCUCGUAGCUGUUGAGCUCCUUAUCCUUGCGCCGGAGCGGCUCGAUUUUGCGUAGCUCGAAGCCCGUGAAGGACAGGUGUAGCGAUGUGUGCUGGAAGUUGUCCUGGGUGGACCGAGAUCAUGUGCCACGACCCGUAGUCCAGCUUGCGCAUUUUAGGGUUCGCCGGCGUGACGAGAAACCCCAGCCCCGGCUUCCCGAUGUUGCCGGUGAUCCGCUGGAUGGGCGAGGCAUCAUCUGCCCGUCCCGUUGGGGGGGCCUUCGCCUUCGGCGACGUGUCUUCCUUCAACUUCAGCUUGACGGCACCUGACGGGUCGGCGAGCAAGCCGGCUGGUACGAA